AUGAAGUUCUUUAUUGAUGAUUUGCCGGUGCUCUUCCCAUACCCGAAAAUAUACCCAGAGCAAUACCAUUAUAUGUGCGACAUCAAGCGAACUUUGGAUGCUGGUGGGAACAGUAUAUUGGAGAUGCCUUCAGGGACCGGUAAGACGGUCUCACUGCUGUCCUUGACGGUCGCAUACCAAAUGCAUUAUCCUGAACAUCGGAAGAUAAUUUACUGUUCCCGUACAAUGUCGGAGAUUGAGAAGGCGCUCGUGGAAUUGGAAAAUCUGAUGGACUACAGGGCGAAGGAAUUGGGACAUGCGGAGGAGUUCAGAGGGCUAGGGUUGACUUCGCGGAAGAACCUGUGUUUGCACCCGGUUGUCAGAAAGGAGAGGAAAGGUACUGUUGUUGAUGAAAAGUGUCGAAGGCUGACUAAUGGUGUUAAUAAACGUAAGUUGGAGGAGGAUCCCAACGCAGAGGUGGAGCUUUGUGCGUACCAUGAGAACUUGUAUGACCUGGAUGUGGAGAACUACUUGCCCAACGGCGUGUUCUCCUUUGAGAAGCUGAUCAAAUACUGUGAGGAGAAAACGUUAUGCCCUUAUUUCAUCGUCCGUCGUAUGAUUUCCAUGUGCAACAUAAUCAUUUAUUCGUACCAUUAUCUGUUGGACCCAAAGAUUGCAGAACGUGUCUCGAGGGAGGUGUCUAAGGAUAGUAUUGUCAUUUUCGAUGAGGCACAUAACAUCGAUAACGUUUGUAUCGAGUCUCUGUCGUUAGAUUUGACAAACGAUGUCUUAAGAAGGGCUGCCAAGGGUGCCAACUCUUUGGAGGAGAAAGUUCAAGAGGUGAGAAGUGUGGAUGCCACUAAACUUCAAGAUGAAUACAGCAAAUUGGUACAGGGGCUCCAUAUGGUAGAUAUUGUGCCCGCACAGGAAGAAACAUUCGUGGAGACACCAGUGCUUUCUGAAGAUUUGUUGACAGAAGCCAUACCCGGUAAUAUCAGAAGAGCAGAACAUUUUGUUUCGUUUAUGAAAAGACUGAUAGAGUAUCUGAAGACGAGGAUGAAGGUUUUGCAUGUUAUUUCAGAGACUCCAAAGUCUUUCUUACAGCAUUUGAAACAUUUAACAUUCAUAGACCGGAAACCCUUGAGAUUCUGUUCAGAGCGACUGUCGCUGCUGGUUCGAACGUUGGAGGUAACAGAGGUGGAGGAUUUCACAGCUUUAAAGGAUAUAGCCACGUUUGCAACUUUAAUCUCGACUUACGAAGAUGGGUUCCAGCUAAUCAUUGAACCAUACGAGAUUGAAAAUGCCGCAGUCCCCAACCCGAUCAUGCGUUUCACCUGUCUAGACGCGUCUAUCGCCAUCAAACCAGUUUUCGAAACUUUCUCUUCCGUGAUCAUCACCUCCGGUACCAUUUCCCCGCUGGAUAUGUAUCCAAAGAUGUUAAACUUCGAAACCGUUUUGCAAAAGUCAUACGCCAUGACUCUAGCGAAAAAAUCGUUUCUCCCCAUGAUUGUCACAAAGGGGUCCGACCAAGUGGCAAUCUCAUCCAGAUUUGAGAUUAGGAAUGACCCAAGUAUUGUCCGUAACUACGGUUCGAUGAUGGUGGAAUUUGCCAAAAUAACACCAGAUGGGAUGGUCGUUUUCUUCCCGUCAUAUCUAUACAUGGAAAGUAUUGUUUCGAUGUGGCAGACCAUGGGCAUUUUAGAUGAGGUCUGGAAGCAUAAACUAAUCUUGGUGGAAACUCCUGAUGCGCAGGAAACUUCUUUAGCUUUGGAAACGUAUCGGAAAGCAUGUUCAAACGGUAGGGGAGCUAUUCUAAUGUCAGUUGCCAGAGGGAAAGUAUCUGAAGGUAUUGAUUUUGACCAUCAAUAUGGUAGGACAGUGCUCAUGAUUGGUAUUCCUUUCCAAUAUACGGAAUCACGUAUUUUAAAGGCCCGUUUGGAGUUUUUAAGAGAAAACUAUCAGAUCAAAGAAAACGAUUUUUUGUCAUUUGAUGCAAUGAGACAUGCCGCACAAUGUUUGGGUAGAGUUCUGAGAGGUAAGGAUGACUACGGUGUCAUGGUCUUGGCUGAUCGGAGAUUCGCUCGUAAGAAAAGUCAGCUACCAAAAUGGAUUGCCCAAGGUCUUUCGGAUGCCGACAUGAAUCUAUCCACGGAUAUGGCCAUUGCAAAUGCAAAACAGUUUUUGAGAACAAUGGCCCAGCCGACUGACCCCAAAGAUCAAGAGGGUGUUUCUGUUUGGAACUUGGAUGAUCUGAAAGGCUACCAAGAACAAAAGCAGGCAAGCAAUGGUACCGUAAUACAUGAUGGAGAUGUCGAUGGCGAUAUCGCAAUGACCGAUCAUUAA